CCAUCGCCCAUUUUCCCCUCAGCUGCUCUCAUUACUCAGGAAAAUAAAGAUGGAAUUUUUUGAGACAGAGAAAGAGAAAGCAAAGCAAAGCAUGUUGUUGUGAAAGUGGUAUUCCGACGUAGAAAAGCAUAGCAUACAAAACUAAAUCUCUUUUUAAAACAUUCAUUCAUUCACAGAAAAGAACAAAGCUUUUCUCUUCUUUGCUCGAAGAAGAAGAAGAAGAAGAAGAAGCAGCAGCAGCUAAGCUGUAUAAACUUGUGAAGGGACUUUCAGAGUUGAGUUUUCUACAGAUUUUUUACCUGUAAACAACAAUAACGGAACAACAGAAUUAGAUCAGACGGCGGUGAUGCCGAUUGUGAGGUCUUGUUUCAGAAGAACGGACUGUCGUGAUAUGGAUGAUAGGGAAAAGAUAUUUGCUGCUAUAAUGUGAACCUGAUUUCAAUCAAUAAGGGCUUGCCACGUUGGGCAACCUUAACUGCAAGCUAAAUCAUCAAGAAGCCUUUCUUGUCUUCCUCAGAAACGAAAAAGAAACAACAUCUGGUUUUUUGUGAAGCUGUGGUUUAAAUGGCUAAAGUUUGUUGGCCAUACUUUGAUCCUGAGUAUGAGAACCUGAGUGUCAGAAUCAAUCCUCCAAGCAGGGUGUCUGUGGACAACACUAGUUGCAGAGACUGUACUGUAGUAAAGGUUGACAGCGUGAAUAAACCUGGAAUACUUCUGGAAGUUGUGCAAAUACUAACAGACCUCGACUUCAUUAUUACCAAAGCUUACGUCUCCUCUGAUGGCGGAUGGUUCAUGGAUGUGUUUCACGUCACUGAUCAACAAGGGAAACAGAUUACUGAUGGAAAAACCAUCGAUUACAUAGAGAGGGCUCUAGGACCUAAGGGCCACACCACAGAUGGGAUGAAAAAUUGCCCUGGCAAACGUGUUGGGGUGCACUGUGUUGGUAAUCACACAGCAAUUGAACUCAUUGGGAGGGACAGGCCUGGUCUCUUAUCAGAGAUCUCUGCUGUCCUUGCCAAUCUUCACUUUAAUGUGGCUGCUGCAGAAGUAUGGACACAUAAUAGACGAAUUGCAUGUGUGCUCUACGUCAAUGAUGAUACCACCAGCCGUGCUGUGGGUGAACCAAACAGACUGUCUAUUAUGGAGGAGCAGCUUAAGCACAUCCUGCGUGGUUGUGAGGAUGAUGACAAAGUGGCUCGUACCAGCUUCUCCAUGGGAUUCACACAUAUUGAUCGGCGGCUUCACCAAAUGCUGUUUGCUGAUAGGGAUUAUGAAGGUGGUGGAGUGACAACUGAGGUUGACUAUCCUCCUUCCUUCAAACCAAAGAUCACGGUUGAGCGUUGUGAGGAGAAAGGGUACUCAGUUGUUAGUGUCCGGUGCAAAGAUCGAGCUAAGCUGAUGUUUGACAUUGUCUGCACACUUACAGACAUGCAAUAUGUAGUUUUUCAUGCCAACAUCUCAUCCAAUGGUCCCUAUGCUUUACAGGAAUAUUUUAUUCGCCACAUGGAUGGCUGCACACUCGAUACUGAAGGUGAGAAAGAAAGGGUUAUUAAAUGUCUAGAAGCUGCAAUUCACAGAAGAGUAAGUGAGGGUUUAAGUCUGGAGCUCUGUGCAAAGGAUAGAGUUGGCUUGUUGUCUGAGGUAACAAGGAUUCUCCGAGAGAAUGGAUUGUCCGUUAGAAGAGCAGGGGUGUCAACAGUUGGGGAGCAAGCAGUGAAUGUUUUCUAUGUGAGGGAUGCUUAUGGGAAUCCAGUAGAUACAAAGACGAUUGAAGCGCUUCGCAAAGAAAUCGGACACACAAUGAUGCUUAAUGUAAAGAAGGAUCCAGCCAGUGCCAAAGCACCUGAGGCUGAGACUAGUGGAUGGGCCAAAACAAGCUUCUUUUUUGGGAACUUGCUGGAAAAGUUCUUGGCUUGAGUGAAAAACAAAGGAAGUAGUAUUAUGUCCAUGUAUGGCUGUAAUACAAACUCUGAACUGUAUAGAAUAAUGCAAGCUUUUGCAUACCAACUAUGGGAAGGACUUGUUAUCCCUGCUUUGUUUAAAAAUAAAAGCUUGCAAAUUGUGAAGCUUGGACUUUGGAAAUUGAGUGCCUCUUUGCUUUUCUUUCUAUCUUA